GUUGUAACCAUAGAAAAAUAAACGGUUGUAUUCAAAAUAACACUUUAAAAAUAAAAGAUUUUUAACAAUUAGCAACAUAUUAAAUAUUAACAACACCAGAGACAACACACAUCACUAAUGGAGAUGAAAUUGAAAAGUUGGUUGAGAGUGGAAGUGUGGCAGAAUUUACAAAUGAUUAAGAAAAUGAUGUAGAACCAUCAAGAUUUUCUAAUAACAAUCGUUACAGUAUCAUAAAUGCAAGUUCUAAGGUAGAGGAAUCGGCCUCUGAAGAUUCUGAAUCUGAUUGUAAAAUUCCUACUUCACUGUUCGCCUGGUAUAAGAAAAAAUCGCAAGUGAGAACAGUGAUCAAGGUCAUGUAAAUUUGUCCAAGUCUUGUUUUAAAAAUGUGACUUGUAUUAAAUAGGGAUAGGUGAGUGCCUUUAAGUUAGUAGAGUAUGGAUUACCAUAAUUACCAAAGUUAUUUUUGUUAUUUUCAUGGUCUAUGCAGCUAAACAAUCACACAUUAUUAAAAGUGAGUAUUCAAUUUAAUAAUGAGCAGUACUUUAAACAUCAGCUUCUAGACUGCUUUUUUAUUGUUCUGACUGAAAAUGUUUUACUUUAUUUAGAUUGCCUGUCUAUAUUGACUAUUAGGAAUUUUGUAAUUUUAUUUGUGCCUAUGACACUAUUGUUUAUUACAAAAGUUAAAAUCUAUUUAAUAUCAAGUGCCACAAUAAUCUAUUUUACUCUAUAAUAGGACAAAUAUUUUCCCACAUUUUGUUCAAAAAUUGUAAUAAUUCCCCUAUACAGUAGAUGGAGCGAAAGGUUUUAAACAAAAUUAUCAUAAAAUAUAAUUUAUGAGGUCCUGGGUUAUGGCCCUCGAAUUAUGUGGGUACAAAAAUUGUAUUUUUACUUUCAAUUUUAUAAUUAAUAUUGCACAGGUAUCACAAAAAGAAUAUCAGGAACAAGGUAAUAAAUUGAAAUGAAUCCAAUUUUAUUGUGGCUAAAUUUAUUAUUAAAUUGUACUAUGAUACAUGUCCAACAAAUUCAUGAAAGCAGGAUGUUCAGACUGGGGGAAUCACAAGUUGUGUACUUAACUUAUUUUCUUAACAUUUUCGUUAUGCUCAUUUUGAGGAUAAGUGCCCACCUACAAAAAAUAUUAAACCCUUCAACGCCCUGUAUCUCUAAAACUAUGUUUAUUUGAACUUUCAAUAAUAGUAUUAUAGGUACAAAUCAAAUUAAUUAGUUGUUUGCUUCAGAUCCACUACUUUUCAAUAUAAUUUUUAAUUUAAUCAAGUAGAAUGUCAAAAAAAAAAACCAUUAUUUUUCUCUUUUUAACAAUCCUGAAUUGAGUGUUUUUAAACAUAAAAUAAUUUUAGGAUAACACUAGCAGAUGAUAAUGCUCCAGAAAACACAAAUGUAGCUAAAGGAAUUGCUGAAGAAGCUAUGAGUUUAAGGGAUGUGGCAAAAACUGUGUUGUCCUUCAAAGACCAGGAUAAGUAGUAAAAUCAAAGUUUUAAUAAAAUUACUUAAAUAAAAAAUCAUCCAGAGUGAAGAUAAAUCAGUUAUAGUGUCACAAUGGUCAUCCUUAUUAAACAUGAUAGCAUUUCAUUUAAAAAAGGAAGGUUUUCACUUUGAUCAAUUCAAUAGCCAGGUCCCAGUGCUCAAAAGAAUGAAAAUGGUCGACAGGUUAAAUAAUCCAAAUAACAAUAUGAAAAUUAUCUUGCUUUCCCUAACUGCUGGUGGUGUGGGAUUGAAUUUGGUGGGGGCCAAUCAUUUAAUACUUCUGGAUUUACAUUGGAAUCCACAACUAGAGAAACAGGCCCAAGAUAGAAUAUACAGAGUUGGUCAGGAGAAACCUGUAUUUGUUUAUAAAUUUAUAAUGAUGGAUACCAUAGAAAAAAGAUUUUUAGACCUCCAGGAAAAAAAAAAUAGUAUGUUGACUGGAAGUAGCCGCAGGUCAAUAAAAAUAAGUUAACUCUACAAGAUUUAAAAAUGUUACUUGAAAUAUCUGUGAAAUCGUCGCUUGAGAUGUAAUUUUCUAUUAGUUUUGAGUAUUACACAUUUGAAAUUUUUAUUGUUCAAUAACGAAGACAAUUCUAGCCAAUUUUUGUUCUCCAUACGGCUUCUUGGGAUAUUAGAUAGUAUUGCACAAGCUAGAAUUAAAUAGGACAAGAUAGUUGUUGGUGAACUUUUAGUAUACUCAUCUUCAUUACUUAUAUGUAUAAUAUCUUCAUUUUCUUUAACAGAAUCAUCAGUGCUAGAUAAAAUAAUCUGUUCUAUUUCUAUAGGUGUAUCAUUCUCUUUAGUUUGUAUAUUCUUAUACAGCCUUAUUAUUGAAGUAUCAAUGUCAUUUUCAAUAUUUUUUCCUGCUUUGGAACUUGAUGAAUCUAUGUUGUCAUCAGAAUUGCAGUUCUCACUGGCGAUUUUUUCUUAUAGCUCGCGAACAGUGAAGUAGGAAUGUUACAUUCAGAAUCAGAAUCUUCAGACACGUAAUUUGUGAUUUUUUAUUUGAAAAAUUUUAUUUAAUAUCCAAUAAUUUAUUGAAGAAAUUAUUUUUAAACAUUAGUUUCUUUUUCAGCCAUAGGGAUAUUUCUAAAUUCAUUAAUUUUAUUCUCUUGUUUUUCACUGGUAUAUAACAAUCACAAUACAAUAAUUAUUUAUAAUAACAUUUUAUAAAUAUAUCUAGUAUUUGUUUGAUGGAAACUCUUUUAGAGCCUGAAUACGUCAUUAAAGUGUGCCAAAAUUUUGGUUCCAUUGACAGUUAAUUAUAACCAAAAGCAUCUCAAUAGAAACAUUGGCAGACUAUUUCUGAUGAAAAUUAAUUAAUUCUUGCUUACCAAUAAAAAAAAUAGAUGUAACGUUUGUGAAGGUAAGUUUUAAGUUAUUUUUAAACAUUAUGAACCUUCCAAUACAUUAAUAAAAAAUGAUAUGAGUAUUACUAAAAAUCCACCACAUUUAAUGUUACAAUUAUCUGAAAUAUGGACUUAUAAAAAAGUUAUGUAAAUCUAAGUAGCAGAGAUGUCAAAAUAUAUUGAAUUACAUGAUAAUAAUACAAAUUGAUCAACCUCUAGUAAUUUCUGUAUAAUCAAAAUAGUGACCACUUUCCUACAGGGUGGGCUACUGGUAGAUUAUGCUUUAUAAUAAAAAAUUAAAUAUAGUAGUAUACAAGGCAAAGGUGGCUACAGAGAGAGGGCCAUGGAGCAUGGACUCAACAAAUAUUAACAUAUUGUUACGUUUAAUUAUUUUAUUUUACAUUUAAUAAAUAAAGCAACUUAUUUUAUAACUAAUUUAUUUGUAAUCAAAACUCAAACGGCAAAAGAAUCCAUUUAUAUAGAAAAAAUAUUAUGCUCCAGACAAAUCCAGUCCUGUUUUGCAGACUUUGAGAUGCUUCUAGACGGUUAUUCCCCAUGCAUCCACACGUGUGCUAGAGUUUUCCAGUAACUUCUCGUUGGAGUCCAUUUGUUUCAAUCAUCAAGCGGUAGCGGCAUACAAACGGGCGGCUAGAAUGGAACGAACAGAUCGUAAACGAAGAUCAGGCUUGAACCGGUUGAAAAUGGAUAGCCCGACAAUAUUACACAUCCAGUGCAACAACGUAAGUUCAAAAAUAUUUCAGAAGUGAUAAUAAUAAUAAAAGCACUUUAUAUUGGUUAUUAUAACGUGUUCGUUGUGGAAAGGUAGGUAUUUAGUAAUCAGUAUUUAACGUAGGUUCACUAUUUAUUGAACCUUUAGUUCCUGAAAAAGGAGGAUGUAGCAUAGGCAACCAGUAUCACACAUGUGUGUAUAUCAUGUUGCCUAUAUCUUAAUUAUUAGUUAGUUGUAUGCGAAGGACAGCCAUUUACAAAACAUAUUUCUAUUAUUUUGUCGAGUCUGUGGAUCUUCUUGUAGUAACAUCUCUCUUAUAACUGAAGAUGAUACACCACAUAUAAUCAUGGUUUUGGUUAAAUCUUCCUGCAGGUCUCCCAGUUUACAUUUAAUAGCUCUUUUCUUCAGUUCUGUAUUGUAUUGUUCAAUUGUAUUUGGGCAUAAAAUGUUCCUGGAAUUUUUGUAAAAGUUUAUUUAAUUUGUUUUUGUCUGCAUCUGGGAUCGUAAAUGUCUUAUAUAUUUUAAAAGCUUCUUCGCCUAUAUAAUGUAGAAGUUGAGCGCAUUGUACAGCUUCAUCUUUUUUUUGAAGUUCGCUUGCUAUCAAAUAGUUUUCGAAGCGUGAUCGCCAUGUUUGCUAGUUAUCAGCCACGUUUCCCUCCACGGAUAAAGGACCAACGCCAUCUUUUGUUUGUAAUUUAUACUAUUUAAUACCUUUCCCUAAUUAAAUUUUAAUUUGACUGCGCCAUAUAACGUGUUCGUUGUGGAAAGGUAGGUAUUUAGUAAUCAGUAUCUAACGUAGGUUCACUAUUUAUUUAUUAAGUACAAGCGAUACUUAACACAGCAGCGAGACCACACGACAUGACCUGAACACCCAAGGACAGCCAUUGCAGUAUCGCUGACCUGCCCAUACAACUAACUAAUAAUUAAGACAUAGGCAACAUGAUAUACACACAUUUGUGAUACUGGUUGCCUAUGCUACUGUUAUGAAUAUUACAACCAAAUGGCCAUCGACCUAGGUCCUUCAGCCAGUACAAUUUGUAUAGUGUGUAUGAGGAUUUACAAGCUAUAUGUGUAAGAUAAAUAUCCAUUAAUUAUUGUUCAUCGGCAAAUUCGUUUAAGAUUUCUGUUAUUGAUCUCACUGGGUAUUUAAACUUUGAUUGACCAAUUUGUCGUUGCAUCAAAAAAAUGUUUAUUAGCAUGUGAUUAUUUCGAUUCUUCGAGAAAUGUUUUGAUAGUUUUCUAAUUCUUUCCAGGAUAGGCUGAAUCUUAGUUUUUUCGUAAAGAUAUUCAUUCGCUGGAUGGUGAGUGGGGUUUUCAGGAUGUCGCAUCUUGGUAAUGAUUCUUAUUGUAGAAGUUUCGGCCGCUUGAAUGUUUUUUAAUGCAGGUUUUCGACAGUUUAAAUAUUUCAGAAGUUUCAGGCAAAAUCUUUUUUAUAUCUAGUAAAAGUUUCUGCAAAUUCUUAAACUUAAAAUGGAAUAGAUUUUAUCUUGAACACGGUAAGCCUGCAAAUAGACAAUGAAAAAUGAAUCAAAAAUAUUUUUUGUAUAUGAAGGUUUCACAUCGCAUCCUGUCAUGUCUUUCAAAUGCAGAAUGAGAAUAGACAGAAUAAAUCAAAAAUAACUAAACCGAUGGAGAGUUUGUUUAUUUAUUUUUUAUUUAUUUUUAGUUGUUAAUUAAAAAAUAAAGAAUAUCUUAUGUCUAAACAUAUGUAUAUUCCAAAACAGUAAGGUAUACUUUUACUUACCUUUGUUUUACAAGCCAUAAUCAUAGUAUUUCUUCAAGCCUGUAAUGUAUUUGUCCGCCUUGGUGCAGACUUUAUUUUUCCUCUUUAAAUACAUUUUACCCAUACUCAAGACUUAUAUAGGUGUAGGUGGAGAUAUGUCAUAAGUCUUGAUAUGUGUAAAUGACAUUUAGAGUAGAGGAAACAAUAAAGUCUGCUUCAAGGCA